UGCAUCUUGAUCUUAAGAGCGUUUCAUUCGUACGAUGCUUUAUUCAAAGCAGAAAAUUAACCCAUGGUUAAUAAACAAACAGUAGGAAUGGGAGAGUAGCCUAAUUCGCUUUAGUAUUUCAUGGAAUGUCAAUUCAUAAUUCAUCGCUAGGAUGUUGAUUAACGCUAACACUGUCGUGAAGAGUGAGAAGAUUUUACUGGUGCCUUAUGAAAACCAUCACGUUCCGAGAUACCACCAGUGGAUGCAAUCUGAAGAGCUCCAACAGUUGACAGCAUCAGAGCCAUUGUCAUUAGAGGCUGAGUACCAGAUGCAGCAAAGCUGGAGACAGGAUGAAGACAAAUGUACUUUUAUUAUACUUGAUAUUGCUGUGUACAAUGACUACGAAAAAGGAACUGAAGAUGAAAUAUCUGCUAUGGUUGGGGAUGUGAAUCUAUUUUUUAAUGAUGAAGAUAACAAGCAUUCUGCUGAAAUAGAGAUAAUGAUUGCAGAACCCACUGCAAGAAGGAAAGGCUUUGGAAAGGAGGCAUUGUUAUGCAUGAUGCAAUAUGGAGAACAAAUUUUGAAGGUUGAAGAGUUCACAGCUAAGAUUGGCUUCAGCAACGUAGCAAGCAUACAUCUGUUCCAAAGGCUAGGGUUUAAAGAGGUUUCCAGAAGUGACGUGUUUGAGGAAGUCACUCUAAACUAUUCAAUAACAGACCACGACCCCACAUCAUCUACAGGUGUGCAGAUGUUCCAGAUUGGGCCUUAUCGAUUAAAAUCUUAAAAAUUAA